AUUUGUUUAAAGUCUAUGUUCAGUCUCACUCUCGCUCACACCUUCCUCUCUUCUCAUCAAACUGUCAACCAAAAUCAAAGCCUUAUUUUCACAUCAGCACCACCCAAAACAACCAGCCGUGGCUAGCCAAAAAGCCCACCACCACCUCGAGAUUGCUGCUCAAAUAACUCAUCAAACGGCCAAUAUUACGCCUUCUUCUUGACUGCUGCUGCACAAACCCACACACAUUGCAUGUGCAGUUCAGUCUCAGUCUUAUAAUAUUCUUCUUUCAUUUCAAACCUCUUUUCCUUUCCAAUAAGUCUCUCAAACUCUGACAAGAAAAAAGCCAAAACAGAAGUCCCAAUAACUAAACAACAAAAGAAAAAGGACCCAUUUAGCCAUUUUCCCCACAAAUAAUACUCCACUCCACCUUUUCUCGUACAAAACACUAUACUCUGUUUCUUUCUUGAGUGAUUGAUUGAGUUGUAGCAAUGGAGGAAAGACCUGAAACUGAACUCAUUUCAAUACCAGCAACUCCACGUGCAUCAACGCCUGAGAUUCUAACGCCGUCAGGUCAAAGAUCACCUAGGGGAGGACAUACAUCAACUGGAGCUUCUAAUAAAGAUGCUAAAUCUUGGACACCAACUUCAUUUAUUUCGCCUAGGUUCUUGAGCCCUAUUGGUACUCCAAUGAAAAGGGUGUUGGUUAAUAUGAAAGGUUAUUUAGAGGAAGUUGGGCAUUUGACUAAGCUCAAUCCUCAAGAUGCUUGGCUUCCUAUUACUGAGUCUCGUAAUGGGAAUGCUCACUAUGCUGCUUUUCAUAAUCUCAAUGCUGGUAUUGGGUUUCAAGCUUUGGUCUUGCCUGUUGCUUUCUCCUUUCUUGGAUGGAGUUGGGGAAUAAUUUCCUUAACUAUAGCUUAUUUCUGGCAACUUUAUACUUUAUGGAUCUUGGUUCAGCUGCAUGAAGCAGUUCCUGGGAAGAGAUACAAUAGAUACGUGGAACUAGCGCAAGCUGCAUUUGGUGAAAGACUGGGUGUUUGGCUUGCUCUCUUCCCUACUGUUUACCUAUCUGCAGGGACUGCGACAGCUUUGAUUCUCGUAGGAGGUGAAACCAUGAAGUUGUUCUUUCAAAUUGUUUGUGGUCCGCUCUGUUCAUCCAAUCCUUUAACAACUGUUGAGUGGUAUCUGGUUUUCACUUCCCUCUGCAUUGUUCUAUCCCAACUCCCGAACCUGAACUCGAUUGCUGGACUCUCCCUCGUUGGAGCAGUGACAGCUAUCACAUAUGCCACUAUGGCAUGGGUCCUCUCUGUAAGCCAACCAAGACCACCUUUGAUUUCAUAUGAACCCAUUUCAUUGCCUUCCUACACAGCUUCUCUCUUUUCUGUCCUGAACGCCAUGGGUAUCAUAGCAUUUACUUUUAGAGGGCACAAUUUAGUUCUAGAAAUUCAGGCAACAAUGCCAUCAACCUUCAAGCACCCAGCUCAUGUGCCAAUGUGGAAAGGAGCAAAAGUUGCAUAUUUCUUCAUAGCCAUGUGCCUGUUCCCUAUUGCAAUUGGAGGUUUCUGGGCUUAUGGAAACCUUAUGCCAUCGGGAGGAAUGUUAAGUGCUUUAUACGCCUUUCACAUUCAUGAUAUUCCAAGAGGACUUCUAGCCAUGACGUUUCUUUUAGUCGUGUUCAACUGCUUAAGUAGCUUCCAGAUAUACUCAAUGCCAGCAUUCGACAGUUUUGAAGCAGGCUACACCAGCCGUACCAACCGACCAUGCUCAAUCUGGGUCCGAUCCGGAUUCAGAAUAUUUUUUGGAUUCGUUUCGUUCUUUAUUGGAGUGGCACUACCGUUCCUGUCAAGUCUUGCAGGAUUGUUAGGAGGACUCACACUUCCGGUAACAUUUGCUUAUCCUUGCUUCAUGUGGGUUCUAAUAAAGAAGCCUACAAAGUACAGCUUUAACUGGUAUUUCAACUGGAUCCUUGGAUGGUUAGGAGUUGCUUUUAGCUUGGCUUUUUCCAUUGGAGGUAUUUGGAGUAUGGUCAAUAAUGGACUUAAACUCAGGUUUUUUAAGCCCAGCUAAGAGAUGAAUAAGCUUUGGUAAACUUUUAUUUGCUAGUGAUAGCAAUCUGUGUUUCUAUUAUAGCCUUGAGAAAAAGUGAAAAAAAGAAAUGGAGAAAGGAGGGGUGGUGUUUGUCGGUUUG